AUGUCCAAAUUUCAGGUCUGGGGCUCGUUGCCCGAAGCCCACCUCUUCAACUUCCCCCCGGCCAACCCCCCGGCGCCAAUCGCUCCGGCUCAUGUCCCUGCUUCUAUUCUGAGGCCGUUCAACAUCCCAGAUGAUCUCUAUGUGUCUGCUCUGGAUGCUCGAGUUCCGUUGACGAUUGCCGCGCUUUAUGCCAUCUCGGCCAAGCUACUCAACAAGUACAACAAGGCGCGCAACAAGAAGCCAUGGGGCAUCAGCAAAACACGCCCCUUCUUCGUCUUUGUCGUCCUGCACAACAUCUUCCUCGCCGUCUACUCCGCCUGGACAUUCUGGGGCAUGGUUGGCGUCAUGAGGAGGAGUGUCGUCAGCCCCUUUGGCCCUGGCGGUGUUGCGGCUACUGCUGAUGGCUUCUGCCGCCCUCACGGACCUCGAGGCCUGGGUAACUCCAUCUACUUCAACGAGACCACUCUAAGCUGGGAUAGUGCUUCACCGAGCUCUCUUGCGCAUUUGCUCUCUUCGGGCGGCAUGCCCAGCACUACUGAGCCCGGCCGAAUGUGGAACGAGGGCCUGAACUACUACGGCUGGAUCUUUUAUCUGAGCAAGUUCUACGAGGUCCUCGACACCUUCAUCAUCUUGGCCAAGGGCAAGUACAGCUCGACUCUGCAGACAUACCACCACGCCGGUGCCAUGAUGUGCAUGUGGGCUGGCAUGCGAUACAUGGCUAUCCCCAUCUGGAUCUUCUGCCUCUUCAACUCCUUCAUCCACUCUUUGAUGUACACUUACUACACUCUGUCGGCCUUCUCCAUUAGAGUCCCUACGGCCAUGAAGCGUUCCCUGACUUCCAUGCAAAUCACCCAGUUCAUCAUUGGAGCUACAUUCGCCAUGGUCCCCUCCUUCAUCACCUACGUUUCCCCCAUCACAUCUACCCACGUCGUCACCGAAGAGUCUCCCGUCACCAGGAGCGCCCCGAUCGACUACAUCAUCCCGACUGCCGUCAGUGCCCUGGAUUCGCUCAAGCAGCUCAUCUUCGGAGCUGCCGAGCCCUGCACCCUCACCACUGGUGAGACGUUUGCCAUCUGGAUCAACGUCGUCUACCUUGCCCCUCUCACCUACCUCUUCAUCAGCUUCUUCAUCGCAAGCUACGUCAAGCGCAGCAGCGCUGCCCAGAAGCUCGGCGGCAAGGCUGCCCGCGGCAUGGGCGACGAGGUUACCCUUGCUGAGAAGGCUGGCUGGGAAGCUGCCCGCAAUGUCGAGAGAGAGGUCUACGGCGGCGAGCAGAUGGCCGAGGGAAGCAGCCCCAACGGCAAGACCACCAAGCGCAGGGCUUAG